UUCAUCAUAUAAAUACUAAACCGUCGAUCCGUUCUCUUGCUUCCCUCUUGCGUGCUGAUUGAUUUAAGAGCCCUUCUGAAUCCCACCCUUCCACUCUCAGAAUGGCCGUCACCUUAUCAGGUCUCCAUACAGAAUCAGGACUCAAGUCCCUUAAUGAAUUCCUCUUUGGCAAGACCUACAUUUCUGGCGAUCAGUUGACCAAGGAUGACAUUAAGGUCUACGCCUUUGUUUCGAAGAACCCAAGCGAUGCUUUUCCCAAUGCCAGCAAGUGGUACGAUGCCGUCUCUUCACGUCUUGCUGAAAGCUUCCCUGGAAAAGCUCAAGGGGUGAAAUUCAGCGGCCAAGCUGCUCCAGCUGAAGCUAGUCCUGCCAAGGCGGCUGCUCCUGCUGAUGAUGACGAUGACCUUGAUCUGUUUGGUGACGAGACAGAGGAGGAAAAGGCAGCAGCAGAGGCAAGAGAGGCUACUAAAAAGGAAUCCUCCAAGAAGAAAGAGAGCGGGAAGUCCUCUGUUUUGCUUGAUGUGAAGCCUUGGGAUGACGAGACAGAUAUGAAGAAGCUGGAAGAGGCUGUUCGUUCCAUUGAGAUGCCCGGGCUUCUGUGGGGAGCAUCCAAACUGGUGCCGGUUGGUUACGGUAUUAAGAAGAUGCAGAUCAUGAUGACCAUUGUUGACGACCUGGUCUCUGUGGAUUCCCUUAUUGAGGAACAUCUCACAGUUGAGCCAUGCAGUGAGUAUGUUCAAAGUUGUGACAUUGUUGCGUUCAACAAAAUCUAAGGUUUCUUGUUGGACAUAAGUGUGGCCAUUUUCAAGCGGCUGAUUUAUCUGCUUUUGGUUAAAAACCCUUGUUUAUCAUCUUGUGUUUGUUCUGUUUCAAUGGUGGUCUUUUGUUGCUAGAAUCAUGAGAAGUAGAAGAAAUAUAUUGAGUAUUUGUGAUUGUGCUGUUAUGGUGCUCCUUCAAAUAGUGCCCUUGUAAAACGCUUCCUAGAUGUAUGGGAUCGACAUUAAAGGGCAAAGUGUUUAGCUUUUAUGGUUUUGGUUGGGAAAAGUGAUA